AUGUCACCAAGUAGACAUUCCUCAUCGCAAGCCAUCGCUACUGACUCAACAACUGAAAAAAAGGCUCCCACGGGUUCACCUCAGCACACGGAACCCGACAAACCUGUUUCUGUUUCUCCAACGUCCUCUCAUUUGCAUUUAGAGGGUCCAGUUACAGUGGAGGACACUCUCUCCGCUGAUGUGCGUGUUGAACUCGAAAAUCUGCGUGCUGAGGUGAAAGAUCUCACUGAGAAACUUGAGGUUCUAAAGGCCAAGAGGGCAGAGGAUCGUGUCAAACUAAAGGAGGCCGAGUCGAUGAAGGUGCAGUUGGCUCAGUUAGAGGAGAAUCGUAAGCUACUUCAGGAAAAAUCGGCUGAUUUCCAGCGUCAAAUUCGUACGUCUUUUUUUCUCGAAUUGUUACGC